UGCUUGUGCUCUGAAGAGUGACCUUGGAGAUCGUAGAGCGAUUGUAUCACUGUUGCCAGGCGACGCGCUGAUGAUGGAGGACCGUUACGACGUUCUUCAGUGUAAAAGUCAGUGAGCCCAGCGAUAGCUGCGAGCUGCUAACCAGUCAGGUAAACAACCCCGACCAUCACAUGAGAGACAGCACGGAGGACGAAACAGACUGAUGAAAACGUUCAGCACUCGACCCGAGGCUUCAAACGAACGCAUACGGCAAUAUUUGGAAUACCUGAGACUUACAAAACCUGCCGAAAAAUGAUGUAGCAAGCUAACUUUAGCCAACUGCCUAGCGCGAUCUGUUCAAACAUGGACUGUGACGGAUUUGGAGUCCCUUGUCCUUUGCCUAGUUUGGAUUCGCAGGAGGAUGCCAAAGACCAAGGGUUGCACACCUUCAGUCACACACACAUGAGGAAAGCCUUUCGGCUUAUGAAUGACUUGAGAAGUCGGAGGAUGCUUUGUGAUGUUCUGCUGGUGGCAGGUGAAGUGGAGAUACCAGCACACAGAGUAGUUUUAGCAUCCUGCAGUCCUUACUUCUGCGCAAUGUUCACAGGUGACAUGAGUGAAAGCAAGGCUCACCAUGUGGAGAUCAGGGAUGUUGAUGGACAGACGCUCUUGAAGCUGGUGGAUUACAUUUACACUGCUGAGAUUGAAGUGUCUGAGGAUAAUGUUCAGGUGUUGCUUCCAGCUGCCAGCCUGCUGCAGUUGAUGGAUGUUCGACAGGUUUGCUGUGACUUCUUGCAAACACAGCUUCAUCCCACCAACUGCCUGGGCAUCCGAGCGUUCGCUGACCUUCACGCCUGCACAGGACUCCUCAGCCAAGCCCACGCUUAUGCCGAGCAGCACUUCACAGACGUCAUGGUGGGUGAGGAGUUCAUGGCCCUGUCCUUGCAGCAGGUGUGCAGUCUGAUCUCCAGUGACAAACUGACCGUGUCCACUGAAGAGAAGGUGUUUGAGGCCAUGAUCGCCUGGAUAAAGCACGAUAAAGAGGCCCGUUUGGAGCACAUGCCUAAGCUUAUGGAACAUGUUCGACUGCCUUUGCUGUCCAGAGAUUACCUGGUUCAGAUUGUAGAGGAGGAACCCUUGAUAAAAAACAACAACACUUGUAAGGACUUUCUCAUUGAGGCAAUGAAGUACCACCUUUUACCUGCAGACCAGCGGCACCUUAUAAAGACAGACAGAACCAGACCACGCACACCAGUCAGUCUGCCCAAGGUGAUGAUGGUCGUAGGGGGUCAGGCACCUAAAGCCAUCCGCAGUGUGGAGUGCUAUGACUUUCAAGAGGACCGCUGGUAUCAGGUGGCCGAUUUACCCUCCAGACGCUGUCGAGCAGGUGUGGUGUACAUGGCCGGUAAGGUGUAUGCCGUGGGGGGAUUUAACGGCUCUCUGCGUGUGCGGACGGUGGACGUGUAUGAUGGUCUGAAGGAUCAGUGGAGCUCCGUACCUAGUAUGCAAGAGCGCCGCAGCACUUUAGGAGCAGCUGUACUGGGGGACCUGCUGUACGCUGUCGGGGGCUUUGACGGGAGUACAGGUCUAUCGUCAGUGGAGGCGUAUAACCCUAAAGCUAACGAGUGGAUGUUUGUGGCUCCCAUGAACACCAGGCGCAGCAGUGUUGGGGUGGGCGUGGUUGACGGAAAGCUUUAUGCUGUUGGAGGUUAUGACGGAGCGUCCCGGCAGUGUUUGAGUACUGUAGAGGAGUAUAACCCAGUCACUAAUAAGUGGUGCUAUGUGGCGGACAUGAGCACUAGACGCAGUGGAGCUGGUGUCGGAGUGCUCAAUGGACAGCUGUACGCUGCAGGUGGACAUGACGGUCCUCUGGUGAGGAAGAGUGUGGAGGUCUUUGACCCUGCCACUAAUACCUGGAGACAGGUGUGUGACAUGAACAUGUGCCGAAGGAACGCAGGAGUGUGUGCCAUAAAUAGUUUACUGUAUGUGAUCGGAGGAGACGACGGCUCGUGCAACCUCUCCUCCGUGGAAUACUACGACCCUGCAGCCGAUAAAUGGAGCCUCAUCCCCACAAACAUGAGCAAUGGACGCAGCUACGCAGGGGUGUCAGUUAUUGACAAGCCGUUAUGACUAAAAGUUCUGGGCAGCAGGUCGCUUCACACCUGUCGAGGACUGAGCUGCGACAGACAGACGGUGAUCUAAGACAGAAUCCAGAUGCUGACGGGUGCUCGAAGCUCUCAAAGCCUGACUGCCUCAUAAACAAACACACACCAAGCCCUGACCUCUCCCAGUCUCCAGAAAGUGCCAUUUAGCCCUGUUAUUAACAGAGAGGCCGUGUGCUCACCCAAUAUAUAGCGUGUAUUAAAUGGGACCUUGUUGUGCAGAUCCGGGUGCAGGCGAAGACUGUGCCAACAGAGGCCUCUCUGCCUGCUUUACUACUGACUGACAACGCUCUGAACAAACACUUGCAUUGCAGCAAGAGACAAUAAGAUGUCAAAACUGUUAACACUAAUGCAUAUCACACCCUUUAAAGCGGAUCAGGACUGGACUUCGCUGACUUCUGUUGGUUUGGUUACAGGGUUACCUUAUGUUCGUAUGAAAAGUAAUAUGGGAACAAGCCCAUAAGUUGUUUUAACCAGCUGCUUUUGUGCCAUAUAGUAUUGAGGAUGUUAAACUGCUAUACUGAAACAUCAUAUAAAUCUCACAGGGUAAAGGUAUGGUCACAAUAGCGACAUUUCAGCUUUUUCUUUGUCACCAACUGCGAAAAGCACAUCGAUUCCUUUUGAAGUGACUGGAAUACGCUGGUGAAAAUUCAGCUAACAACCUUAAACGUGACCAUGUCUGUUAAUGUGCCAAAUGUAACUCAUAAAUCAUAUGGAUAAUACUGUAUGUUAGUUACUUGUACAUAAGCACUUUUCAUGAUGCAGUUCGGUGUGCAAUCGUCCAUGUUGGACACGCAGAGUCUUUUUUUGAUCAUGAUAACUCUCUCUAUAGAUGCAGUCACUGAAAUAGCACUGGCUUGGUGUCUCUUUGGUAAAUUGCACUGUUCAUCUUAUUCAGUAGAGCUGGUUCUAAUACAAUACCAUAAUAGCACAGGUUCAUAGUAAGUACAUCAUUUAUCCUGACUGGGUAAUUUGGAUCUGACUCAACGGAACUGGAAGACUAUUUUAUUUUAAAAAUAUUAAGCCUUCUUAAGGUUCUUUUCCUCAUUGUUGGGUUUUAGGCUCUACUGUAGAUCUGUUUACAGUUCUGAUCAUUGUGACAUGAGUAAGAAUUAUUAACAAAACACUGCCGACAUUCCCAGCUCUCAUACAUCUCACAUAUUCUCACAAUGACCUACUUUGUUAAUCUGGAUAUAUACUGAUACUAUGCAGUAAAACAUUGCUUUUAAGGUUUUCGCUGUUCCCGGUGAUUCAGAGUUUAUUUUGUGCUAUGCCUGGUGUAACUGCUGCCAUUACAUUUGAUGUAUUUACACAUCACGAUUCAUAACUCUAAAACUAUGACAUUCCAGUGUGGUGCAUCGUCUAUGGAUUAUGCACGAAUGUGGUUUGUGAACAAGGUAUUAAUGUAUUUCUAAACAAAAUGUAUUAAUAAAUUAAGCUUUGUUAAGAGAAUUUA